GUAUGAUCAGCACGAAAGAAUAAAGCGUGAUGACUGGUGGCAAAUAGUGCUUCGAGUACUUACACAGAUCAUGCUUGUCGUCAUUUCUCGUGCCGUUUACCGUAGGCUCCUUAAGGCUGUUUGGAUUCUGUUGGGCUACACAGAAUGGCUUCGCCGUGGUUCGUUUUGAUUCCUUCACGAAAAAGCAUGCUGCCGCUGAGGUUCUGCUCACCAGCAUCAUCUGGGUGUCGAACCAUGUUGCUUACGAUGGUUGUAUUGUGGAAUCAUGGGAUUCGAGAGCGAGCGGCCCUAGUACAGGUUCUACACGAAUCUGACGAUCGUGGAAGCCGAGCAGGAUCUGCCCUGGACGGGGUGCUAGCACGUCGGUGGCAGGAGGUGUGCGCGGAAAUGCCCAGUGGUAACUGUGUGACUGAUUUUCACGAGGAUAACGUGCGUCGGGUAUGCGAUCCGGGUCAGCACGGGAACGAGAGUCCUACUGAUGUCACCAGUGAGGAAACUACUCUUAGGGUCAGUUACGGAAAUGAUACGGCCGCCAGCCCCAACCACUUUUUGCAGUACUCGCCGCAACGCGGCAAGAAGCGCAUCCUUGGAAAGCCAGUGACCUCGAUUUUUUCCAGUAGUCGCCCGUGGGACUUUACGAAAAUUCGGAAUCUGAGUGCGGAGCUCCUGCUUGAGCUACCUUGGCGGAACAGGACGACCGGAAAAAAAGGAUCGGCCUCCGCAAACCCGGUGCGAGUCCUGCGGAAUCUGCAUCCGGUCUGCCACUUGCAUUCGGUGUUGCUUCCUCCCGGCACGCGCUUUCAAAUCUUGGAUGCGGACUCUUGGUUGGUCGGCUGCUUCUUCGCUUUCCGUUCACAGAAGCUGCGGCUCUACUUCAACUCUCUCGGAGCUGGGGCAAGCGUAAACCAUAUGCACUUUCAGGUCUGGGCGCCGCCGGCGCUCGUUCCGAUCGACGAGCUGCCGCGGAAAAUUCUGACGAAGAAUCUCGCCCCGAUCGACUACCUCACCGGAGACGCGGAGAGUCCGCAGCGCCGCCGCGCGUCCGUCUCGGUUGCGCUGAUGCAGAACUGGGCGCUCUCUUCCAUUCUGGAAUUUACCGUCGUGAGUGAGGACGAUGUGUUGAACGCAGCUGCAGACGACGGACUCCGUGCAGCAGCUCUAAAGGACGCGCCAAGCGAAGAUUCACAGAAAGCGAACGAUUUGCAUUGUGAACAACCUGCUCAAGUAGCCGCGUCUGUUGAUUUCUUCACAGCAGAGAAUUUCUGGGCGAUACGACGUGCCUGCGCCACUUCUCCGCUCCUUGAGAAUAGCGAUGGCAAUGCCAGCAGGUCUUUUUCGAUUUCUGAACCUGAUUCUCAGCGGCAGCUCGACGAGGCGUUUGCCAACCCCUCGCUACCUGUUCCGCAAAUGCUGCUGAUGCGUGUUACGCUGGAUUUCGUGCAGCUGUUGCUGCGAGAGGACAUUCCGCACAACAUUUUUCUUUAUCCGGGUCUGGAGAAGAUCGUUGUGGCAGUGCGGGACUUUGACAACCGGCAGGCUGAGAAUGCGACCGCGACGCAGGUGGCCUCGCUGGAGACAUUCGGGUGGUGGAUUUUGCCAGAUCAGGAGCAAUUUCGCAACUACAACAAGCGAGACUUGGAUGCCCUCCUGGAAUCCGUCGCGCUGCAAAACCAGACUCUGACGCUUGUACAAGACCUGGCAAAGAUCGUAGGCGCCGCGCUGAAGGACGAGGACCACCUCCUUCGGAAAGCAGGAGUGAAUCGUUCCUCGUCUGCGUUUCAGAAUGAAAAUUUUUCGCAUGUUUGCGACGAUUCGAAUUGUUCCAAUACUUGCAACGCGCAAGCGGCUGCUGGAGGUAGCGUGUCGCACCUUGCGGAGAGUCCUGGAAAUAAAGAGGAAAACCAGCCGACACACUAUAAAAAUCACGCCUCUAGAGAUGACCUAUACGGUGGCUAU